AUGGCUAGCCACAGCAUUCAGACUCGCACUGAUGCCUACAAAUGUGUUAUUGCACUCAACAAUAUCGGAGUAUCGCUAAUGGAACGUGGAGCAUAUCUACAGGCCGCGCAAACCUUUAAGGAGGCCGUGGUUGCUCUGCAAUUGGCGAUGCGAGUGGGCCUUCCUCUAGACUUCGACGAACAACACGCCGUCAGCUUGGCCGCAAUUCAUGAAUCUGUCCGUUCCGCUUACCAACGAGUCGCAAAAUCCGUGCUUUCGUCUGUCGCUACAAGAACCGAAUGCUUGCAUGCCCCCGAAGUUUCGGUCAGAUCAAUUUCCAACGAUGAAUGGGAUCCUAUCGUAAUGAAGUCGAUUCUCGCUGACUCCGAGCAUUCUUUUUUUUCGAAUCCCCUGUGCAUUCGCAUUGAACCCUCCACAUGCGGAUUCGAGCAAGAGUUAGGCGACUGCGAGCUCAAUGCAGCUAUCUUAUUGCAAAAUUUUGGUGUCGCUCAAAUGUGCUUGCUAGCGACAACAUCAAUACGAGAAAAAACUUGCCGGUAUCAGAGUGGCGCCAUGAAACUCUUUCGAAUCGCCCAUACGAUCCUUUUGCAACACCGUGGUGUCAUCGAGCACAACGAGAAUGAUCAGUUGCACACCACUUUAAUGAUUACGUCCGCUACAACGCUCAAUAGCCUCGGCCAACUGCUCUUGCUCGGAAACCGCGAAGAAGAAGCCUCACAAGUUUCGGCCAAUCUGGCAGCUUUGGUGGAUUCCGUGACGGAAACCGAAAACCUUCUGGGCCACGAAUACUAUUUAAAAACCAGCCGCUCGGCAGCUGCAGCAUAG